GAACAGUGUAAGGCAAGCGCAGCCUAUUAGUUGCUAUGACGUAUAUGUCCUGACCUCCCGAGCCGCCAUUAUUAUUUUCUGAAAGGGAAAAAAUAUCCGUGCUGUUUUGGCCGGGAGGAGAGUGCUGAAACUCGAGAUAGACGGUACCGAUAACCCCGCUCUCUUCAACCACAGAGAGAAAAGUGGGCGUGUUAUUGUUGCGCUAAAAUAAGCUAACAACCAGAUAUAUAAAUCUAUAUUAAAUAAGUUAGGAGCCGAGGCCCCGGUGAAGGAGUGAGCGGGACGUAGUGCAGACGAACAGAUUUGCUACGCGGAGAGAAAAAACUAAACAAGCGAUACUGUCCCCGUUCGAGUCUGGACUGAAACCGGGACCGACCAGGAGAGAACUGGGGUAGGGGAUGAAUGUGUAAGCGGCGGGGCGCAUAGAGUUUUUGAAAUAUUACUGAAUCGUAUUGCAAAAAUUGUGGUUUGACAUCUGUCACUCACGUAACCUUAAGUUAGGACGAGUAAGGGCAUCACCACACUUCGUGUUGAGGCGUGUAAAUAAUAAUAACAAUACCGGGUUACAUUUUUUCUGCCUUUUUUGUUACAGGCAUUUCCAGACUUAUGUUUUAGUUUGGACAGUUAUUUGAGUGCUUGUUACUUACAGCUUUUAAAAAAUGUAUCUGAUGUUGUCCUCGCUCCUCUGUUGUGACCGGAUUUCGGAUUUGUUACCGGGCUCACACAGCAGGGUAAGUGACAGCUCUUAACUGACUGCUAACACUGCGGUUGCAUACACAAUUCGGUCUGCUUAUUUUAAGCCAAUUUAAAAGUGGUCUUGAGGAUCCUGUGUGAAUUUAGAUCUGAGUGAUCUCCGAGUUGGACACAACGCGUUUUUCAGUACAGCACCUUCCGGGUCUGCCUAUGCGGGUUGGGACCAGAUAACUCCUUUUAAUAAUAGAUUUAGGACCUCACCGGGACUGAGGCUGCGAGAGGCUGAAAAACAAAUCGGAUUGUGCUCCCUGAGCACAGUGAGCCGGGAUUGGCUGGUUUGCGGGCAGCAUCGGGCUGGCUCCGCCCCCCGGCAGCAGCGUGCGAUCCCAGCCGACGCCUCCCGUCCAGCGCGUCGGCGCCCAUGCCCCCAGUGCCCCGCGGCCUGCCAACGCCAUGUGCCUUUCGCAAACCAUGGAAGUGGGGAAGCACGGCAAGAGCCAGGGCCCAGCCAGGGACGGCGGGGUGCUGCUGGAGCCCUUCGUGCACCAGGUGGGCGGCCACACCAGCAUGAUGCGCUACGAUGACCACACUGUCUGCAAGCCCCUCAUCUCCCGCGAGGAGCGCUUCUACGAGUCCCUGCCCCCUGAGAUGAAGGAGUUCAGCCCGGAGUACAAAGGCGUGGUGCUGGUUUGCUUCGAGGGGGACAGUGACGGCUACAUUCACCUGGUGGCGUAUCCCUACGUGGAGAGUGAGGGCCUGGACCACGAGGACGUUCCAGAACGGGACCAGCCACGCAGGAAGCACUCGCGCCGCAGCCUGCACCGCUCCAGCAGCGACCACAAGGAGGAGCGCAGUGCAGUCGAGAGUGACGGCUCCGAGAGUCUGCAGGAUCUGAAGAGCCCGCGCAUGGAGCUGCAUAUCCAGUCGGACGUUCCUUUCCAGAUGCUGGAUGGGAACAGCGGGCUGAGCUCCGAGCAGAUCAGCUACAACCCCUGGAGCCUGCGCUGCCACAAGCAGCAGCUGAGCCGCAUGCGCUCCGAGUCCAAGGACAGGAAGCUCUACAAGUUCCUGCUGCUGGAGAACGUGGUGCACCACUUCGAAUACCCGUGCAUCUUGGACCUGAAGAUGGGUACGCGGCAGCACGGGGACGAUGCAUCCGAGGAGAAGGCAGCUCGGCAGAUGAAGAAGUGCGCGCAGAGCACCUCGGCCACGCUGGGGGUGCGCGUAUGUGGGAUGCAGGUUUACCAGAUGGACACAGGUCAUUAUCUCUGCAGGAACAAGUACUACGGCCGGGGGUUGUCCAAUGAAGGCUUCCAGAUGGCUCUGUACCAGUUCAUGCACAACGGCAACCAGCUGCGCAGGGACCUCUUCCAGCCCAUCCUGGGCAAGCUGCGCAACCUCGUGGCAGUUCUGGAGAAGCAGGCCUCCUACCGCUUCUACUCCAGCUCCUUGCUCAUCAUCUACGACGGCAAGCAACCAGGAGCCGAGCCCGGGCACAAACCAGCAGAGCCACCAGGACUGGACCCCAGCCUAUCCACACAGAACCCGGCCCAGCCUCCGUCGGACCCCACCCCACUGCAGCCAGACUCCCAUACCACACCUGGCCAGCCUGCCCCUGCUCCGCUACCCUCCCCACAGCACUCUGCCUGCCCCCCUCCCAAAGUGGACGUCCGGAUGAUCGACUUCGCUCACAGCACGUUUAAAGGAUUCCGCGAUGACCAGACAGUCCACGACGGACCCGACCGGGGCUACGUUUUUGGACUGCAAAGCCUCAUUAGGAUUCUUGAAGGCAUUCAAAAGGAAAACCAGUAGCUGGGUUGAACCCACCCCCUUUAGAACCAAGAGGGUGGGGGGGGGGGGCUAAACACACAAACAAACCCAUGCAGACUUGUGAUAGUAAGGGUAGUCCUUCUCCGUGAAAAUCAGCUAGCCAGCUGGCCAAUGUUCAUUUUUACGGGUCAUGCUCAGCUUUAUGAAUGGGGUUUGGUGUUUGACAACAUGAACCUACAAUUACCAGUUCUGAUAGCACAACCCACAGAAACGGCCUGGAUAGCAGUCAGCUGCGUUUAAGAAAAGGGGACGUUUUAAUGCCGAGUGGGUACAUAGCCACUAUGUGGCUCCCAAAAAUAUUUCAGGGGUUGGCCAUUUUGGGGCAGGGGGAUUAAAGCCUCCAGGCGCCCGCCCUCUCAGAUUGCCGUUUCUCUAUUAUCAUUCGUUCUGAAGUUUUGGGUUAGAAGCAAAACAGGUUCAUUAUGGUAAUUUUGCCAGUUAAAAUAAAUAAAUAAAAUGCAUACAAAAAAAUCACUUCUGUUUUAAGGAAAAUAAAUCUUGUAGUAAGCUCAACCACUGGACAAAAACCCCACAAAAUAAUAAUAACCAUCCCAUGGGAAUCUAUCCCCAUUGCAAAUACUACAACUUAAAUAUUAAAAAAAUCAUAAUACAG